AUGAGUUUUGACUUUGCGGAUGCACCUCCGGCCGUUGAUACCCGUAAGGAAAAAGAGAAGGGCAACAAAAAGCUCAACCUAUUCAUAAAAAGAUUGGUUCCAAAAAUAUUUGAUGUUGAAGAUGAAAAGGUAUUGGUAGAACAAUUAAACAUAGUUAUUGAAGCUAUACUGAAACACAAAAGACAAAUCGUGUUAUUUGUUUUCAAGUCAGGAUAG